CGCGGCGCCGAGCUCGCGCUGCGCGCCGCGGCGGCCUGGAGAACGCCUGGGUGCGCGCGGCCUGGCAGGGCCGGAGCGCGGACGUCUUCGGCGCGGCGAACCUGCAGGCCAUGGGCCUGCUGUCCGUGUUCACCAAGACGCAGUACCGGCCCCUCGUGGCGUUGCUCUGCUGGCGCCUCUGGGCGUCGGCGGUCUCCGGGAGGGCCCGGGAGGACCCCCGAGGGCCUGCGGGUGGUGCGGAGCAGGCUGGCGGUGCUGGCGGACAGGUGGGACCGGGCCCUGCGCACGGGGCUCGACGAGGCGCUCCUCUGCAGCGCCCUGCGGCUCUGGAGCGGCCUGCGCCGCCUCAGCCUCGAGAAGCGCCUGGCCUACCACCGGGCGGUGGGUCCUUCGGAUUUGCAACUCGCCAGCGCGAGUCGUUUCACUUCGUUGUCACAUUCAUCACCUUUAUGUUGUGGAGCCUCUGGCUCGUCCACGAGGAGCCCGUCGAGCCCGACGGGCGCCCGCCGCCUUCGGACGAGGCCGGGGACCCGGACGCCAUCGACAGCCCGCCUCCGCCGCCCUCGAGGCCGCCCGCGCUGCCCCUCGCGGGCUGCGGCGCGCCCGCGCCUGGUGGCGCCCCCUCGCGGUGCGACGGGCCCGGGGCCCCCCCGGCCGAGCACGGCGUGCCGCCGAGCCAGGAGGGGCUCCUGAGAUCAGCCUGGGCAGCGGGGAGCGGCAGGACAACAAAUUGUGGCAAGCGCCAGCCGCUGCCUCAGCAUGGUUUCAAGCCUGCGGGGGAUGUCUGGGCUCGGAGCCCCCCCUUCGCGCCCGCGGAGAAGGAGCCCCGCGGCGCGGCGGGGCCCGCGGACGAGCUGGACGCCUCAGGCGCCGGGCCCGCGGGCGCACACGUCCGCUGCCUGGAGGCCCUGAUGGUCGCCAGGAGCCGCAGCCAGAGGCUCGCGUGCGACUUCCGGCCGAUGGAAUGCGACUCGUGGACUGCCUCUGCAGUCAACCCUCACAGCGAGGCCGUUUGGUCUGAAGCUGCUGGUGCGAUGGGCGAUGCGGCCGCCUCGCAUGGUGCCGGUGCAUCAGAGAGCCACUGCGAGACUGCGCAGGGCUCGAUCGGGGCGGGUGACGGCCGGGCCGCCCGCGGGGCCGAGCCUCAGAGCCACCACGGGCGAGCGGGCCCUGGGUCGGGGCAGGCCGCCGUCGAGCGCCCCCGCCGGGCGGAGGCCUCCCGCCUCGGCGCCGCCGGCGGCGGGGGGGGUCCCCCGAGGAAGCGGAAGCGCCUCGUCCCGAGCGGGCUCAGGGGCUGGGCGUGCGGCCCGAGGGCGGCCCGGGCCCCCGCGCAGGGCGAGCUGCCAGAAGGCCUCGCCGCCCAGGAGGGGGCGUGCCGCCAGAGGGCGCCCAGCCCUGCGAGGCACGCGGCCCGGGCCCCUGCGCAGGGCGAGCUGCCCGAAGGCCUCGCCGCCCAGGAGGGGGCGUGCGGCCAGAGGGCGCCCAGCCCUGCGAGGCACGCGGCGCGGGCCCCCGCGCAGGGCGAGCUGCCCGAAGGCCUCGACGCCCAGGAGGGGGCGUGCGGCCAGAGGGCGCCCAGCCCUGCGAGGCACGCGGCCCGGGCCCCUGCGCAGGGCGAGCUGCCCGAAGGCCUCGCCGCCCAGGAGGGGGCGUGCGGCCAGCGGGCGCCCAGCCCUGCGAGGCACGCGGCCCGGGCCCCUGCGCAGGGCGAGCUGCCCGAAGGCCUCGCCGCCCAGGAGGGGGCGUGCGGCCAGAGGGCGCCCAGCCCUGCGAGGCACGCGGCCCGGGCCCCUGCGCAGGGCGGUCUGCCCGGGGGCCUCGCCGCCCUCGGCUACAGCGCGCUCAUCCGCAGGGCCAGCGACCGGCGGACGUACGUCUCCUACCCGACGGGUAGGGGCCGGCGCGUGUCCAUCUCGUGGAGCCGCGCCGGCGGAGAGGAGGAGGCCUUUCGGGUGGCGCAGCGGCUGCUGGAGAAGCUGCGGCAGGGCGCCUCCCAGCUGGACGCCAUGGAGUUCAAGGAGGCGCUGCUGGCAGAGCACCGCGGGCCCGGCGCGGCGGAGCAACGCAGGGCGCCCAAGCACAGGAGGCUCCCGAGGGGGUCCAGCGAGGCCGAAGCCCGGGCCAGGGACGUCCUGGCUGCCUGCGAGAGCGCGCCAGGGCGGCGCGUGACCGAUGCGGACGUGUUGGCCGUGCUGCGCGUGUGGAGUUUCCGCCAGAACACUGCCAGGGUCAACGUGCUGCCCCAGGGGGAGCUCCGCGUGCGCUCCGAGAUGCUGGGGGUGCUCCUGACGCGCAUGUAUGCGAGGUGCGGCGUCGCUGCUGCCACUCGGGAUUUCCCCGCCGUUACGCGGCUUCUGUGCCACUACGUGCGCGACAACCCUCCAGAGGGCCUGGCAGAGUCUGAGCAUUUCCCCUUCACCACGAUCUGCGUCAACAAAGGCUUCGCGGCGGCCCGCCACCGUGACAACAACAACGUGGGCAUAAGCAUUGUCAGAGCUUUGGGAGACUUUCAGGGUGGCCGUUUAUUGUACUGGCCACAGGAUCCAGGCGCGCGUGAUUGCCCAGAUGUCGCCGAUUUGAACCCAGAGGCUGCCGUUACGAUGGAUGUGGGCUCCAAGUUCUGCUUCGUGGACGGUCGCAAGGCCCACGAGGUAGAGCCCUUCAUGGGCGAACGUUAUGCGACUUCUCUUGUAUAUUUCACCAUCACGAAGCGCCACUUGCUGCAGGGCAUCCGCCCCGAUCGGGGGUUCGCUCCGAAUUUGGCAUUCCGUUUCCCGACCCAGGCGUCUCGGAGGAUUGUGGAGAGCGCGUGCUCAGCGGCGCCACCGCGAGCUGAGCGGCGCUCGCCAGCGGCCACGAUCGCCACCGGCUGGCAAGCUCCAUGCGGCGGAUUCCUCCACCGAGGACAGCGCUGCGCCUGA